AUGUCUGUCUCUCUUGGCAGACCAGAACCUCCUAACACACUUUUAAGCAAAUAUAGAUCUAUGUGCAUGGGAAAAAAAAGUGUUAGUAUUGUUCUCGUAGCACCAGAAGUCAGUGAUAUCAUCUUCUCAGGGAAAAAACCGAAUCUAGAAUUAGGAGUUGUUAGAGGAGUCGGUUGUGCACUCAUUGCAGUAUGUUGCAGCUGCGAUAUCAUGAUUAAUGCCGAGGACCACAAAAAAGAAGGGGAGGGCGAACCCAUGCCACAUAUGAAGAUGAAAGCACUGUGCGGCAAUGCCUGUCGGCGUCUCUGCUGUGGCUAGGAGUAGCGUCCUAGUCUUGGAAGAGACAUGAGCGCGCCAAGCAUGUCGUCAGUAUCGAGGAGUGAUUUAUAGAUCUAUAGAUUUCAUCAAGUGAGUCGUCUAGCACCAAAAGUCUAGCUAUAGAACUUCGAAGAAGGCACUCUGCUGCAUCAUUCAUCGAAAAAAAUGCAUGUCCAUGUUAUUCAUUACAACCGCGACUACAUAAUAUUACGUAAAUAGAACAUUAUUUGGAUAGAAGUAUUACGCCUACAUAGAACUAGAAGUGGUACGUAUGACGCAAAAGGAUGGAGGUGUAGUAUGUUCUUACUCGCAUCAUAUGACAACAUACAAUUUUAUUCAGUGGUGCAAACGAAUUCAUUCAAACAAAUGCAU